UAAGUAGAGGCACACACACAAAGGCAAAAGGAUCAAAGUCAUUUUAAAAAGUUUGUUUGAUAAACUAUAUACUAAUGGAUAAUGAGCGUACAUAAUCAACGGCUGAGAUUCGAAGUCACACCCAAGCCAACAAUGAGUUUGCCCGGAAGGUCUUUUAUCACAGCGAGAUCCGUCGCAGUUAUUCUCUUUCUCUGUCUAUUUCUUCUGAUUCUGCCACCGUUCCUUCCGCCGCUUCCACCGCCUCCAUCGACGCUCCUUCUUCUCCCUCUUCUGCUCAUGAUUCUCCUAAUUUUCUUGGCCUUUUCUCCUUCUAAUGAGCCUAGCCUCACUGUAGAAGUAGAACCCCUCGACCCCUGAUGAGUAAUGUCGCCGACUUCAGCACCGACCGUACAUUUUACAUUUAUAUAGGCAUUAAACAAUUAUGUAUAAGUGUGUCUGUAUAUGCUGUAUGCAUUUGUAAGAAGCAGAUUUAAGAGCUUUUAGUUUCGUGCAA